CAUAUAGGUAGUAGUAUUUGAUAGAAUAGCGAAAGGUAACAGCAACGCUAGCUAAGAAACGACAAGGUGCGGAAGGGUUCCUCCUGCCUUAAAAAACUUUACUCUUUUCGUAUCCCCAGCCCAGAUCUUUCCUCUCUGCUUUGCCUUUGCCUUUUGUUUUUAGAUCUCCCAACUACUUAUACCCUUAAGUGUCCCAACGGUCGCUUUUCCAUCGAUCUUCCCACACUUUCCCUUUUUAAUUAGUAUUCAAUCCCCUGCACAUUCCAAACCAUCAACCGCCUCUCUCCCUCCUACCAUGUCCCAAAAUCACUUCCUUCCUCUCUUUCUCUAUCUCAUUUUCGUGUCGCUGCCGCGUUCUUUGGCCCAGCACGGCGGCGGAACGGUGGUCACGGAGCUUUGGUGUGUCGCAAAGAACAACGCCGAGGACGCGGCGCUGCAGGGAGCGCUGGACUGGGCUUGCGGUCCUGGCGGAACGGACUGCAGCCGGAUCCAGCAAGGCGGACCCUGUUACGACCCCUCUGAUGUCCAGAAAACGGCGUCUUAUGCCUUCAAUGACUACUACUUGAAGCACGGCAUGACUGACGAUGCUUGCUCCUUCUCCAACAAUGCUGCUCUCACUUCUUUAGACCCUAGCUAUGGAAAUUGCAAGUUUCCUUCCAGCAAGACAGUGAACAAUGCAAGCAUUUCUCAGUCGACAGGAACACUGGGGAUGGGACCAGAUACUGCAGAUCUGAGUGCUUCUCAUCGCAGUGCUCAGUCCUGGCUAAGGCAACCGCUGAUUGUUGCUUCUUUCUUUCUUAGUAUUGUAAGGAUCCUCUCAUAAGAUUAGAUCGAAACGCAAGUUUAAGUCGAAUUUUUUUUCCUUUUUGAAGCAGAAAAGGCAAAUGCUUUUUCGAAGGCAAGAUGUAUUUAUUUGAACUUUUGAGUUGGGUUGCAUAUAUAUGUUUAAUUUCGUCAA